UACAUGUCAGUGAUGAGCUGUCCAGACCCACUGUGUUCCCUCACACCUGCUGCUGUUUUUGUGACAGGGUUCGAUCAAACUCGGCACCGAUGCGUGUUCAGACACGUGAGAGGACACGCUCAGUAUUUACCCUGUGGUGAUGAUGAUGAUGGGUUGGAGGUGGGGCUGAGGACGAGGAGGGGCUGGCGCGUUCACUAUAUUCACUUUCUUUUCCACCUGAAGUCUCAGAUAACAGGAGGCAAGGUGAGGAGGAGAAAACCAGAUACUUAAAGCUCCAGCGGCUUCUCCGGGGAAAGAAACUCCUUCAUACCAGAGAUAUGGACCAGUUGACAACAGACGGACAAAGACGAUAGAGAGACAAAUCAGAGGAAGGACAAAUGAAGGAAAUCUCAGUGAGUUCGUGAAGAAGCUGACAUGAUGACAGAGGAACCUGAACCGACCCAGUUGUGCCAGAAAUAGCUGUCAGCAAUUUGUCAUGGGACUGAGCCGAGCCUCCAUCGUCACUCCGGACAUCAGUUUGGUGGCGGCAGUGGUGGUGAGCAACCAUCCCAACACCUCCGGCACCUCGCCUCUCCCUCCAGCUUCCUGCAGCAUAGAUGAAUCCUACAAAUAUGUCUUCCUCCCCGUCUGCUACUCGCUGACCUUCCUUUUCAGCCUCAUCCUCAACUCUGUGGUGCUGCUGCGCUCCUGUUGCCACCACGGUGGCUGCUGUGGAGGUGGUGUUAGUGGCGGAGGGCGACGCUGGAAUACCUCGCUGAUCUACAUGGUGAACCUGGCCACGACCGACCUGAUGUAUGGGCUAUCUCUGCCCUUCCUGGUGGCGAGCUACGUGAUGAAGGACAGCUGGGUGUUCGGGGACUUCAUGUGCCGCCUAGUCCGCUUCCUCUUCUACUUCAACCUCUACUGUUCCAUCUUCUUCCUCACCUGCAUCUCUGUGCACAGGUACCUGGGUAUCUGCCAUCCAAUGAGGACCAUCACUCUGGAGAGCAAGCGGGUAGUGAAGGGAACCUGUGCAUUGGUGUGGGUAGUGGUCUUUAUUCUCACCUGCCCCAUCUUCAGGUUCGCCCAGACUGGGUACGUCAGGCGAGGAGGUGGUGGGACUGUCAGUCCUGAAGGGCCAACGGAAGGCUGGAACACAACUGGAGAACAAAACAUGGAAGAGUAUAUGAACUGCUGGGACGAUGCCAUUGAUAAGGAGUUUGCUGACUAUGUCCCGUAUGGCAUCGUGCUCCACCUGCUGGGCUUCUUUGUACCCUUCAUAAUCAUCGGCUGGUGCUACUCUCAGGUGGUCAGGACGAUAUUUCAGAGCCUGCGCUCCCCUCCCAGUUCAAUAGAGAGCGGCGAUGAUGGUCCAGGGGUGGACGGGGCAACAGAUGGAGUUAGAGAGCAGAGACCCUCGGUCUCUAUCUCUGGCUCACAGUACUCCAACUACAUCCGUCGGAGGCGGAAAUCUAUUAAAACCAUUGUAACCAUCACGUUGAUGUUUGCACUCUGCUUCCUGCCCUUCCACGUGACCCGGACACUGUUCCUGCUUCUGCGAAGAGGGCAGAUUGGCGGCUGCAACGCCAUGAAGGCGGUCUCCAUCUGCUACAAGGUCACUCGGCCGCUGGCCUCCUGCAAUGCCUGGCUCAACGCCCUCCUCUACUUCCUGAUAGGGGAUAAGGGCGCCCCCUGCUGCUGGCUGGGAGAACACACACUCCGCCGAGACCACAGAAAUGGCUCCCUCUGGUGGCCACUGAAAAUCCUGAAAAAGGAGGGGGCAGGAGAGGAUGACCACGAGGUGGCCGAGAGGACUGAAAGGGAAGUGCACAUGGAAAAUGAGUCCAAGUCUUCAAGGAUCAUCUUCUAGGAUAUUUUAGUGCUGUUUUCUUUACAAAAAAAAAUUUGUGAUGCACAGAGGAAAAAAAUCCAGGACUUAAACUGAAAGCUGACAGUGUUUUGAAUUUUGUUACUAGCCAAAGGUGCAUUUAGUAGACUUGUUAAUGAAUUUAAAGACUGGCAAAAGAAAAAGCAGAUUAGUGUGUGUUUCUUUCCACAACUGCUGGUGGAGUUAGUAGAAGCUGGAUGCAUUGAUGGUCUGUUUUCAUUGCAAUGCCACACUGUGCUUUGAUCAAAACACCAACUUUUCCACCUCAGCUAAGAAAAAAGAUCAUUUUUUUUAAAUUACUGAUAUUUCAUGAAACCGGACUUUGUUCUGUUGAGCUUCAGCAGGUUGCUGACUCAGUCGCUGUUGUCAUAUCAGUAAUGACAAACUUCCACUGAAUCCUCCUGGAACAUGUAAUUAAUACGUGAUUCAUAAAAAGGGGACACUCCCCUUUAAUUGUCAUGUGAAGCACUGGAUAAUAGUCAUCUU